AUGUGGAAGAUAAUAUUUUUUCUGGUGUUGGGCUACAUCCCCCUUCACUACUUGAACUAUACUGUUCUGAAAGGAAAUGCACCAUUCCUGCCUUCAUUUGGAAUUGUGAUGUGCAUAGCUCUUUCCUCUUUCGGCACCUCGAAAGGAUAUCAGGCAAUAGGAAGAUACAUGAUAGGAGCCUCCAUAAAGACUCCACGUGUGGGGACUAGAGCCCUUCUGGGAAUUGUUAUCUGUGAGGCAAACUUCUUUUUUUGCCUUGUUAUGUCGAAUCUACUUUUGGCAAAAAUAGAAAACGUUAAGUCGUAUGGAGGGCAGUUCAUACUGUUUUCUGCUGGGUUCAUAGCAGGUGCUUGCUCAUACUGUUCAUCCCUUGCAAGCGGGAUUAUUUGUGCAGCCAUUACAAUGAUGGAUGCCAAAGACCCAACACUUUUUUACAAGCUGGUAUUCCUAGAGGUGAUUCCUGCAGGAAUAGGCAUUCUUGGGCUGGUUCUUGGCCUUGUUUUGUCUGACAAGGCGGUAUGA